UUAGGGGACAGCUCAUGAUGUUCAUACUGAUCCAUUAUGCACUUCUGCAUCUAGCAUUGGGUAGACUUCAGCAGUGGGAAUUUUAUUUUCUUGAUUAAAGAAUUCUCAUUUAUCCUUAAUCUUUUCACGGUGUGAAAACCUGAAGUCGGUAGAACAAGCAUUUUGGUACGAUGGAGUAAUAUGGAUGAGCUGGCUUAUUUAUUGGUUUAUUUAUUUGACAUGGCAGUGUAAUAAUGGAAUUGGAAGCUCAGGUAAUCAAAUUCAUAUCAGAUGACAGAUGACUUUGUCAAAAGUUAUAAUAUCAGUGGCCAACUAAACUGUGUUCAUUUUGUAAUUGAUUGAUUUUUGUUCAGUUUUUUUAACUUGAGCGACAGGGCAACGUUCAGUUGUCUGUCGACAACAAAUAGUAUUAGAAAGGGAUGGGAGUGGUCAAAAAGUCAAAGCUCUCCGCUUAUUGACGCGUUCGUGGCCUUUGAAGUUCAAUUUUUCCGCUUAUUGACGCGUUCGUAGACUUUGAGGUUCAAUUUUUUUUUUUUCCUUCCUGAACUCCGACGGUGACAGUCGAGACCUGAGCCCAUCCUUUCCUUUUUUCUUUGUUUCAGACAAACACAGACAGAGAGUCUCCAUGGAUUUUGAUCCUUGUAAGUUGGUGGCGUUGGCAGUGGCGGUGGCUUUGCUAAUUCAUUGUAAAGUAGAAGCUCAACAAACUUAUGUAAACAACAAGCAGCUGGCUUGCUACAACACUGCCUUCAAUUUCACUAAAGGAUAUGUGUGCAACGGUGUAAAAUCGUCAUGCCAAUCGUACCUGACCUUCCGAUCAGCCUCUCCCUACUAUACCACUCCUGUCUCCAUCGCCUACCUUUUGGGGGCCCCAGACUCCGCCACUCUUAUCGCUUCCCUUAACAACUUCUCCUCCGAUGUCGCUUCUAUCCCUCCCAACACUCAGGUCAUUGUUCCGGUCAACUGCUCCUGUUACGCCGGCCAGUACUACCAGCACAACGCCUCCUACACUAUCAAGUCCCAUUCGGAGACAUACUUCAGCAUCGCCAAUGAUACAUACCAAGGCCUCUCCACUUGCCAAGCCAUGAUGGCUCAGAAUCCUUACGGCGAUAGAAAUCUGUCGGUGGAUAUGCAUCUGGAAGUUCCUUUGAGGUGUGCUUGCCCCACUUCCAAGCAGACGGCUUUAGGGUUCAAAUACUUGCUCUCCUACAUGGUCACCUGGGGCAAUUCCAUUUCUUCCAUCGCUGAAUCAUUUGGCGUCGACCAACAGGCCGUCUUGGAUGCCAACAACCUUUCCUCCACCAGCAUCAUCUUCCCCUUCACGCCGAUUUUGGUUCCUUUGACCGCAGAACCAACUAAUAUCAAACUGCAGGCCACACCUUCUCCGGCCGCACCUUCUCCGCAGAUUCCCACAGUUCCUGUCGUUGGGGGAUCCAACUCUUCCAGCAACACCAAAUGGAUAUACGUGGGUGUUGGGCUAGGAGUCGCUUUGCUUAUUGUUUGUGGCGUGUUUGGAUUUUUGUUUUGGUACCGCAACCGCAAGCAUAAGUCUGGUGAUAAGGCCAAGCCUGUUACUAGUGUUUCCUCUUCAGAACCCAAUGAUUACAAGACGGUGGUACAAUCAGAUUACUCGGCGCUUCCAGAUAGCAAGUCAUGGUCUCUCUCUUCUCAAGGCAUUCAAUCAGCCAUCGAGUCCUUGACUGUCUACAAAUUCCACGAUUUACAAAUGGCCACGGCAUAUUUCAGCCAAGAUAACAGAAUAAAGGGCUCUGUUUAUAAAGGAUCAUUUAACGGAGAUGAUGCAGCGGUGAAGGUUAUGAAGGGAGAUGUUUCAAGUGAGAUCAACAUUUUAAAGAAGAUAAAUCAUUCCAACAUCAUCAGGCUCUCUGGUUUCUGCGUACAUAGUGGCAACACCUACCUUGUUUACGAGCUGGUGGAGAAUGGCGCUCUCAGCGAUUGUCUCUCCACUCUCACUUGGAAGCAGAGAGUUCAGGUUGCUUACGAUGUGGCUGAUGCCCUCAAUUACCUCCACAGCUACGCCGAUCCUCCCUAUAUCCUCAAGAACCUGAAGGCCAGUAACAUUCUCUUGGACGGCAGCUUGAGAGCCAAGAUUGCUAACUUCGGCAUGGCAAGAAUGCUUGAAAACGAAGGCCAAGGCGGUCUGCACCUCACAAGACAUGUUGUAGGAACGCAAGGAUAUAUGGCCCCUGAGUACGUGGAGAAUGGAGUGGUUACCCCUAAAUUAGAUAUUUUUGCAUUUGGUGUCGUGAUAUUGAUUCUCUUGUCUGGGAAGGAAGCUGCUAGCGACAAGGAGAUGCUCUCAGCAUCAAUAGACGUAGUGCUGGAAGGGGAGAAUGUGAGGGACAAAUUCAACAGAUUCAUGGAUCCUUCCCUUGGAAAUCACUAUCCCUUGGAUUUAGCCUUCUCUCUCGCCCACCUCGCUAAAAGCUGCGUUGCUUAUGAUAUCAAUGCUCGCCCUUCCAUGCCUCAAGUUUUCGUUGCUCUAUCCAAGAUUCUAUCUUCUUCUCUUGAUUGGGAUCCAUCCCUUGAAACCUCCUCUAGGUCUAUGACCAGUGGCAGGUAAACUGCUGCUCAACAAUAUUAGAAUUGUCCUUACUCAGGCGGAUGCUGCUAAAAUAAAGCCUAUGUUUUGCAUUUGUAAUAUAGCCUAUACAUGCAGGGUGUUUUUGUUAUAUGCUGGGAAUUCCAGUGUUCAAUUAAACAAUAACUUCUCUUCA